AUGAGGACACUAUCAGGAAAUCAGCAUCAGGGCAAGUAUUUCAAAGAUGUCAAAAGGGAACAUCCUAGAUGGGGAGCAUCCAACAUAGCCUUGGCAAGGUGGCUUCCACCAGCCUAUGAAGAUGGACUCAGCCAACCUCGAGGAUGGGACCCCAGCAUCCGAUACAACGGAGUCCAACUACCCUCGGUUCGUGAAGUGACAAGGAAAAUUAUUCAUGCGUCUAAUGAGGCUGUUACUGAAGACGACCUGUAUUCUGAUAUUAUUAUGGUAUGGGGACAGUACAUAGACCAUGACAUUGCGUUCACACCCCAGAGCACCAGUAGAACCACCUUCCUCAAUGGAAUGGAGUGCCAGAUGACAUGCGAAAAACAAAAUCCAUGUUUUCCAAUAAAGGUGACCACCAAUGAUACAUUAUCCGCAGGAAUGGAUUGCCUGCCUUUCUACCGCUCAUCUCCUGCAUGCGGCACUGGCGAUCAUGGUAUUCUUUUUGGAAAUCUAUCAACGCUAAAUCCAAGACAACAGAUCAACGGCUUAACUUCUUUCCUUGAUGCUUCUACCGUCUAUGGCAGUACCCAUGCUGUUGAAAACAAACUGAGGAAUUUAACAAGCAAAGAAGGCCUUCUUAGAGUAAACGUUAAAUAUUACGAUAACCAUCGGGAAUACUUGCCUUUUACAGACCGGAUCCCAUCACCUUGUGCACAAGACUCGAAUGCAAGUGAAGGUGAGAGGAUUGAAUGCUUUAUGGCUGGGGGCAGCCGAUCCAGCGAGGUCACCUCUCUGGCAGCCAUGCACACGCUGUGGCUGAGAGAGCACAACCGCCUGGCCAGAGCCCUCAAAAACAUCAACGGCCACUGGAGUGCUGAGACAGUCUACCAAGAAGCACGAAAAAUUGUCGGUGCUCUGCAUCAGAUUAUUACUUUAAGAGAUUACAUUCCCAAAAUCAUUGGUCCAGAUGCUUUUAAUCUGUAUAUUGGCCUUUAUACAGGUUAUGAUCCCACAAUGAAUCCUACAGUUUCUAAUGUAUUUGCAACAGCUGCUUUUCGUUUUGGUCAUGCAACAAUCCAACCAAUAGUAAGGCGACUGAAUGCACAGUAUUUAGAUGAUCCAGAACUCCCAAAUCUUCAUUUGCAUGAAGUUUUCUUUAGUCCUUGGAGGCUCAUUAAAGAAGGAGGCUUGGAUCCUUUACUAAGGGGUCUUCUAGCACAUUCUGCAAAACUGCAGGUGCAAGAUCAACUGCUGAAUGAGGAGUUAACAGAGAAACUGUUUGUGUUGUCCAAUAAUGGUUCACUUGAUUUAGCAUCAUUAAAUCUACAGCGUGGCCGUGAUCACGGACUCCCAGGAUACAAUGACUGGCGAGAAUUCUGUGGCUUACCAAAACUGGAAACUCACGCUGACCUGAAUACAGUAAUAACCAAUCACAAUAUCACUGAAAAAAUCAUGGAAUUGUACCAUAAUCCUAGCAAUAUUGAUGUUUGGCUUGGUGGUCUGGUAGAAGACUUUCUUCCAGGUGCUAGAACCGGUCCCCUGUUUGCGUGUAUAAUUGGAAAGCAAAUGAAAGCACUAAGGGAUGGUGAUCGAUUUUGGUGGGAAAAUGAUAAUGUUUUCACAGAAGCUCAAAAGCAUGAACUCAAAAAACACUCAUUGUCCCGCGUGAUUUGUGACAAUACAGGAAUUUCUGAAGUGCCAGCAGAUGCCUUUCAACUUGGAAAGUUUCCACAGGAUUUUAAGCAUUGUGACAAGAUACCUGGGAUGAAUUUAGAAGCUUGGCAAGAAUUUUAUCAUGAAGAGGAAAUAUGUGGAACACCAGAGAGUGUGGAAAAUGGUGAUUUUGUAUACUGUUCAGAAUUUGGAAAAUCUACAGUGACUUAUUCAUGUCAACAUGGAUUUCAAUUGCAAGGAGAGGAGCAAUUAACCUGCACAAGGAAAGGAUGGAACUUUGAGGCUCCCAUUUGUAUAGACAUCAAUGAAUGUGAAAAUGAAAUUAAUCCACCAUGCUCUCCUUCUGCUAAAUGCAUUAACACUAAAGGCAGCUACAAAUGUCUCCAUACUGAUCCUUACAAGCUGACAGAAGACUGAAGAACAUGCAUUGGUAAUGCUUGUGAACCUACUGUCCAUUAA